GGUUAAUCAGAUGAAUCCAAGGGUGAAGCCACACCCUAGCAAUUAAGGGGCAGAAGGGUCUCACUGGAGAAACAAGUCGUUUGGUGUCAGGAGGAGUGGUGUAUCUUCAGAUCAGAAACCAGAGCUGAAAGGACAGGUUCCAGGUUGACUGGUUUGGGAACCUCGCAGUCUCCUCAUCUGGUGAUGGAGCUUUCAAGUCCUUCCGCAGAGGAGUAUCCCAAGCCCCAGGACAGAGUAGGCAUCAUGGCUCCCAGCCUCAUGGGAUUGCUUCUACUGCAGGCCGUGUCGUGGGCAUCAGGUGCCCACCCCUGCAGCCCUAAAAGCUUUGGCUAUGGCUCAGUGGUCUGUGUCUGCAAUGCUACGUACUGUGACUCUCUUGACCCCCUGACCCUGCCUGACCCUGGCACCUUCAGCCGCUUUGAGAGCACACGCAGUGGGCGCCGAAUGGAGCUGAGUCUGGGGACCAUCCAGGCCAACCGCACAGGCACAGGGCUGCUGUUGACCCUGCAGCCAGAUCAGAAGUUCCAGAAAGUGAAGGGUUUUGGAGGGGCCAUGACAGAUGCUGCUGCUCUCAACAUCCUUGCCCUGUCACCUCCUGCACGGGAUUUACUACUCAAAUCGUACUUCUCUAAAGAAGGAAUCGAAUACAACAUCAUGCGGGUCCCCAUGGCCAGCUGUGACUUCUCCAUCCGCACCUACACCUAUGCUGACACCCCUGAUGACUUCCAGUUGCUCAACUUCAGCCUCCCAGAGGAAGAUGUCAAGCUCAAGAUACCCCUGAUUCACCAAGCCCUGAAGUUGGCCCAGCGCCCUGUCUCACUCUUUGCCAGUCCCUGGACAUCACCCACUUGGCUCAAGACCAAUGGGGCAGUGAAUGGGAAGGGGACACUCAAGGGUCAUCCCGGGGAUCUCUACCACCAGACCUGGGCCAGAUAUUUUGUCAAGUUCCUGGAUGCCUAUGCUGAGCACAAGUUACAGUUCUGGGCAGUGACAGCUGAGAACGAGCCUUCUGCAGGGCUAUUUAGCGGGUACCCCUUCCAGUGCCUGGGCUUCACCCCUGAACACCAGCGAGACUUCAUCGCCCGUGACCUGGGUCCCACCCUCGCCAACAGUACCCACCGCCAUGUCCGGCUGCUCAUGCUAGAUGACCAGCGCUUGCUGCUGCCCCACUGGGCCCAGGUGGUGCUGGCAGACCCAGAGGCAGCUAAGUAUGUUCAUGGCAUUGCUGUACAUUGGUACCUGGACUUCCUGGCUCCAGCAAAAGCCACCCUGGGGGAGACACAUCGCCUGUUCCCCGACACCAUGCUCUUUGCCUCAGAGGCCUGUGUGGGCUCCAAGUUCUGGGAGCAGAGCGUGCAGCUGGGCUCCUGGGAUCGAGGGAUGCAGUACAGCCACAGCAUCAUCACGAACCUCCUCUACCACGUGGUCGGCUGGACUGACUGGAACCUCGCCCUAAACCCUGAGGGGGGACCCAAUUGGGUGCGCAACUUCGUCGACAGCCCCAUCAUCGUGGACAUCGCCAAGGACAUAUUUUACAAACAGCCCAUGUUUUACCACCUUGGCCACUUCAGCAAGUUCAUUCCUGAGGGAUCCCAGAGAGUGGGGCUGGUUGCCAGUGAGAAGAAUGACUUGGACACAGUGGCACUGAUACAUCCCAAUGGCUCUGCAGUUGUGGUCGUGCUAAACCGCUCCUCUAAGGAUGUGCCUCUUACCAUCAAGGAUCCUGCCGUGGGCUUCGUGGAAACUAUGUCACCUGGCUACUCCAUUCACACCUACCUGUGGCGUCGCCAGUGAUGGAACAGAUGCCCAAGCAGGCGCCUAGGCUCAGCAUGGACAUCGAGGGGAGAGAGUCAGCUUACAUGCUGUCUGUGGCUACAGAGGGUACAGCAGGACUCGGGGGGAGCUUAGUGAUGUAAGCCCAGAGGCAGUGGUUUGGGUGACUCACUCUCCCCUCUAGUUGGUGCCAGGGGCUGGAGGCGCCUAGGGAAAGGACUGGGAGGCCCCAGUGGUCCUCCACCCCCAUGCUUGUGUGAGCGUGUGCUGUGUGCUGGUUGCCUGUGGAAACUGGGCCCAGGCCCAGGGUGAGCUCACUGUACAAACACAGGGGUGGGGGGUGGAUGGCAAGAGAGGUUAAGGAAAGGAAGAGACUAGGAAGGCUGAACCCAAAACUGGGAAGUGCUUGUCUUUCUUGGAGAUGCAGAACCAGGCCCAUGCAGAUGUCAGCACCAGGGCACAGGCAGCGAAAGAAGCCAAGCACCAGUGGGUAGACUCAAGCACCCAGGUGGCCCUCUUGGUCCAGCGAGGAAAAAUAGAAGCUUCUUAAAGGAGAGAAUGUCUGAUCCCAGUCAGUGUGAGCAGUUUUAUUCUGGGGGUGGGACCCCAUUUCCAGCCAUACCAACAAUGGGGAGACACAGGAGUCUCUGGAAUGCAUGACAGUAGAAAAAUCAGUCCCGGGAGCGCAAGGAAAAAUCAUUCCUCUUCAGCCUCCUCAGCCAUGCCCAGGGCCCGUGUGCCUGGGGCCUGGGCAGGUGGUGCCCGCUGGAUGGAGACAAUGCCGCUGAGCAAGGCAUAGCCCGCCAUGGCUGCCAGCCCCGCCAACACAGAUAGGAUCUGGUUCCGGCGUCGAUACGGCUCCUCCUCAGUCUCUGGGUUUGCUGGUGUCUGGCGUGGAGGUGGCACCUCAGCUGAGGGGCAAGGAAGGAAGGUGGGUGGGGGGCUGGUUUCUGGAUCCCCGCCCACUCUCCGCAGAGCUAGCGCCCACCCAUCACCCAUCUGCCCCUUACCUCCCUCCCAGGGGAAGUAGAGGCUGAGGAUAUGGGUGCAGUAGGCACAGAGGUUGUGCAGCCCCCGCAGGUGGGCCUGCAGUUUCCCACUGGGCAGCUUUGCCUGCUGCAGCAGGGCCAAGUAGCUGAAGACAAAGGCAUCCAGGGAGGCGGGGCUGCAGCAGAGAGAAAGGGUGGGAUGGAGAAGGGGGAGAGAUGGAGUCGGAGGAGGAGUCGGCCCUGGGAAGGUAGGCUCUGGGCAGCAGGGAACCACCAGGGGAGGAGAGGACACACAGUUCUGGUCCUGGUGUGGGGAAGGCGCCCCAGGUGGCGCCAGCCUGGCCUUGAAUGGCACUCUAUCCCAGGGCUGCAUAAAGGGCACAUUGAGUGCCCCACAGCCCAGCAGGCCCCUCCUGGGCCUGGCGGCCCUCCCACCCUCCUGUACCACUGCGGCGGCUCCAGGCCCACACACAGCCCCACUGUCACCAGACCCAAUGUCUGUCCCGAGGACCUCUUGUCCAGAGCCUGAGCCCACCCUAGUCUCUGUGGCUGUCUGAACCUGUACCUUCCUCCAAGCCACCUAUGAUUCCCCGGGAGGCAGACUCACGCAUCUCCAAAGAAGAAUUUCUGAGAGCCCAGGCGCUGAGAGAGAAGGGUCAGGCAUUCCCGAGCUUCCUGGUACAGCUAUAGGGGGACACCAAGUCAGCUUGCGGCUGCGGGAACAGUGCCGCCUCCCCUGCCAGGCACUCCCACUCCUGGCCAUCGUCUUGAGGGCUUCUCUCAUACAACAGCCCCCUGUCCCAAAGGUACCUCCUUCUCCAGCUCUUCCUCCUCCUCAGGCCUGUGCUCCCCACACAGCAGCUGCAGCCGCUCCAUGUACUGCCGCUGCAUGCGGCCAGGCAGGAAGAAGUUGAGGGGAAAGGGCAUAGCCUCUGCGUACCACUUCCGGGUUACUUCCACAUAGUUCUUGGCAUCUACCCAGAAAGUAUGUAUCUGGAUUGGGUGUGUAGGAAGGAAGAGGCAGGUCUGAGCCAGUGCGCCUGCCUGACCCAGGGUGGGCUUCUGGUCCCCAUGCUGCUCCAAGCCUGUAGUGGGUGUGUGGGGGGUGUCUGUGUGUAUGCCCGACCCCCUCCCCCGCUGACCAUCCAUGCUGGGAGGCCUGGGCACACUCACCAGCACCGGGAGCAGCUUCUCCUCCAGCAGAGACAUAAAGGCCAAGGUGUCUGCUCCUUGCCGGGCUGACAGAUCAUAAUCAGCAUUGUACUUCUGUGGAGGAAACAUCCACUGUGAGGUGGAUGCUGGGGGACUCCAGGGACACUUCCUCCAGGAGGGAGGCAUCCUGUCUGGCACCACCCACACUGACCUCUGAGUGUAGCAGAGGUAGAGUGUGGGGCUUUGCUCACUGAGGCCCCCUUGCCUGGGCCCAGUCAGUAGCCUGUUGCUGUUGGCGGGAAGCCUGGACCUUGGAGCCUGCUGGCCGUCAAGGUCCUGCGCCCAUUGGGGGUUGGAAGGAAGGCCCAGCCGCAAACCAGGAGCAGCUCCCAGAGUUUCCACAGAAAGCUGGCAGGAUGCCUGCUGACAGCAACUUUCUAACAGUAACUUCUCCGAUCCAGACACCACAAAACUAGCAGAGCGGAGCUCAGAUGCAGGUUGGGCCUCAGUCAGUGCCUCGGGAACUAGGGGACGCCAUCCUCAUGCUCCCAAGACCCAGUGAACCCACGUCUAGGGCCCCAGUGCCCAGCUCUUGGGUGUUUCUUCUAUGUCAUUCCAUGGCCCAGGCGCCACCACCACACACACAUUCCAACCAUACCCCCAGGUCUCAGCCUGCCACACCCUGUAGGCUCCAGUAUCUGCUCCUCAGCACCCUCCUCCACACCCUGAGUAAACGCUGUCCUCAAAUAA